AUCGAUUACCUCUGCCAAGUGCGAAACAGUCAUCGAUUUUUCGCAGCUUUAGCUUAUUGGUCACACUGGGGCUUAUGAUUAAAAAAAAACUGAACUGACUCCAAUAAAAACGUGAGCCGUCUAGCCCAGCAGCUCUCUUCCCCCCACAAAAACACACACAAGCCGCUUUCUGGAGCCACUCACCCGCAACCGAUAGCCACAAGAAACCAUCAGGAUGUUCAUCUGGGACUGGUUCACCGGAGUGCUGGGAUACCUGGGUCUGUGGAAAAAGUCUGGCAAAUUAUUGUUCCUGGGCCUGGAUAAUGCUGGCAAAACCACACUCUUGCAUAUGCUCAAAGAUGAUAAGCUGGCGCAGCAUGUGCCCACACUGCAUCCAACAUCCGAGGAGCUGUCCAUCGGCAACAUGCGCUUCACUACAUUCGACUUGGGUGGCCACACUCAGGCACGUCGUGUCUGGAAGGACUACUUCCCCGCUGUGGAUGCCAUCGUUUUCCUAAUAGACGCCUGGGAUCGUGGCCGCUUCCAGGAGAGCAAAAACGAGCUGGAUUCGCUGCUCACGGAUGAGGCGCUGUCCAACUGCCCCGUGCUCAUAUUGGGCAACAAAAUCGAUAAGCCCGGCGCGGCCAGCGAGGAUGAGCUGAGAAACGUGUUUGGACUGUAUCAGCUAACAACUGGCAAGGGCAAAGUUGCACGCGCCGAUUUGCCCGGCCGUCCUCUGGAAUUGUUCAUGUGCUCCGUGCUGAAGCGACAGGGCUACGGCGAGGGUUUCCGUUGGUUAGCGCAGUAUAUCGAUUAAGUCAGAAUUAACAACCACCAACACCACCACCACCACCAGCACCAUAUUUCAAGAACACCACUCAACUCUCAAACCGAAAACUUGGCUACAAAAUUUCCAAAAGAAAAGCAAAUUCGACCACAGAAACAAAACCGGUGGGAUAUGAACCCAGACGAAUUCAAAACGUCAGACCUUAAGCAAAACGAAGCUGCGUGCGCAAUUUCUAAUUUAUACAAAACAAAUAUUUCAUAAUAAUAAAAACGAGAAAACCAUACAAUGUACAUCUGUAAUUAAACGACGCCGUUUAAUCCAGCCACACACAAUCGCGGGAAAAUAGAAGCCACACGACAGGAGAACACAACACAACACAAAACAACAUGAAAGUGCAAACAACUUUUCUAUCUGGAACAUCGGGAUAAAUUGUAAGGAUUGUAAGGAGCUGAAGGAUGCAAGAAGUGCGAGUGCGCAAGGGAAACUUUUAUUAAUAAUUAUGAAUAACAAAUUAUAGCAAAUUAAAGGUGAUUUAUUUAAGAGCAUGUGCUUUCAACGACGAUGUUCCGCGAAUAAACUGUAGCUACCUACCUUUAUUUCAAGUUUAUGAAUUGUACAUGUCGCUAUUGAUUUCCUUUAUAGUUUACUUUGGCCGCCCAACAUUAUAUACGACUACACCCCAAUUAAGUUCCGUCGAGCGCGUUUCCACCUCCGAUAAUGGUACACUUUAGUUUAGCUAAAAUUUAUAAGUUGCAUGUCAUCGAUGUACUUUGUUUCAUUUUAUACAAUACGAAAGGGAAAGCAAUUUAUAUAAAAUCGCAUUUUUGUUUGCAAACAGAAUUCUAAAUAAAACGGAGAAAAGUAAUUUUGUAAAAUACGAA